GAUGUAGAAGCAAAGUUGAAUUUUCCGCGUUUCAAGGUCUGCUAAACGCAUACGCGUCCGUGACCAACCGCGUGUAUAGUACACCUUCUAUGACACGAAUCGCGGCAGCGAACUGCAGAGACCCAGUUUCCUAGUUUCAGUGGGGUAAGCAGACGGCAAAAAGGAAAUUGUCUGCUCUCCGCUUGCUACGAUUCCUUAGCAGUCUCAUCACCGAUCGAAUACAAGCACCACGCGUUCUACUCGUCGGUUAUGAAACGAAUAAAAGUACAAACACGUAAAAACGAUCGUUGAUGUUUUAAGCGUGCGAAAAGCUCGACAGCCCGAAAGAUAAUUUGAUCGCGCGAUUGUAAAAUCGGACAAAUUUCGAGAUCGUUCGUCAGAACGGCUGUCAAGCCGAGUCAGUUUGGACCCCGGACCGGAAGUAAGAAAAGGAGCAGCGACAAACGCGUAACGUUAUUCGUUACGCGGAACGCGGUAAACGGUGAUUCGCAACGAGAUUCCUUACUCCCCUUAACGAUCGAUAUCGGAAGAAUGAUAGAAGGAAAGGUAACGGAAGAAUGAAUAAUUAAGCGGCAAUUAGAAAGGCAGUCAAAAGGAAGCUAAUAGGUUAUAUUUCUAUUUAAGAAUUAACUUUCUAAGCGACGAGGCGACGCAACGCAGCCAUGAAUAGAGUGGACGUAAUUUUUUCGUGCUUGUGCGUCGUAAUUCUUUUUCAAACUUUGGCCCGUGCCGAAUAUGUCGCAAAGGAGUUGAACGACACUUUGAGGGUUGACGUUUCUCAGGGAAUUGCACUGUAUAUCGCGAAUGACGAAGCAAACGUUACUCUGAGCCUGUCGUCGCUGUUCGAAAGGAACGAUGUAGAGCAACGAGAUACAGGAAGAUUCAAAUUUAAGAAAGGUAUCCUAAAAAGAAUUGGAAUGACGAUGAUGAUGGCUCCUCUAAUCUGGCAGUUAGCAACGUUACCAGCUACCCUCGCCUCCCUCAAGAUCAAUUUGCUUCGAAGCAUUUUCAUAGGAAAAAUCGCAUUGGCGAUAAUGUUGUACAACGCGCUGAGGAAUUCGCAGAAAUCGGAAGUGGUACUGAUCCAUAAACCCGAAUAUCACGAUCACUAUUAUCACACUUAUCACGAACUGGAAGACAACGACAAAGGUUGGUGGGGACGACGAAUGAAACGGCACCUGUAAAAUAGAAUAGCUUCGAUUACUUCAUCGAAUAAUCGUAUUUAGGAUAAUUGCUGUUCCAACAAAAUAGUGUGUCUGUGAUACGUAACGACAAAAUGUCACGAUAUUUCAAAUAUACGGUUCUAAUCAAGAGUAUACAUGAUUUUCCACGCGACGAAAACGCACCGGAUUGUAUAUAAAAUUAAAAUUAAAUUUUGGGUCUCGAAAGAACGUCCGGCGCAACGACCAACAACGAGAUAUUCCAAGUGACCUACUUCGAGCUGCUAACGGCAUUUUGGUCCAGAUUCUGAAGCGAUCAGCUACGACCAGGGUUUUCCCUUUUCUCUGCCGUUAAAUUCAACGUCGAAAUCGAAAUUUAUAUAAUACCGAUCGAUUUCGACGGGGAUGAACAUCGCGUGCCGAUGACCAAACGUCUUUGGGAUUACAGCGCAGCUUUCUUUCGUUUUUCUCGGAUAAAAUUUUAUCAACGCUGCGACGAAACAGACUUAUCGCGAUUAUGUCGUUGAAAUUUGAAACCAAUCAGAAAAUCUACGAAGAAGUUAAAAGACAUUUGCUACGAGCUAUUUGGUAAAAAAUUGAUAUACGACAUAAACGUUCGUCUUAAAUACAUGAUUAAGUGUUUGGAUAUUUUUAUGAUUUCUCCGAAAUACGGUAUACCUGGUCCGCAUAUUUCGUACGUUCUAUGUACAUCUCCGGAUUCCUUCCAAACUUUACCGAUAUAAUCGUGAUGUAUGUCGAAUGAAUGUCAUUAUACCGCUAGUGAAAUUUGUAAAUGUCCCAUAUGAAAUGCCAAGUGUAUCGAUAAAAAGUUUCAAAUAUAAUUGUCGAGGUACUUUGACGAAUUACUGUAACUACCGUUUCAGAAAAUUCUUCGCGUUUACGGUAACGAUCACGAUUCUUGAAUGCAAAAACUGCACCAGAA